AGCCAUUUUGGCUGAAUGUCCUAUUGGUCCAUGUGGUGGCCCCAUUGACCAACGCCCGCUGAGAUCGGGAUGGGCUGGGCUCGGCUGGGCUGGAGGCGCUCGGCGGGGCUGGGCUUGCCGAGGGCCGAGCGGGAGGCAUGCUUCGACUUCGUAGUGCCUUCGGGGUCAGACCUUGUCCGAGCCUGUGGCGUCGCCAAGGCGUCGGAGCUGUCGGCGCUUCCUGCUCAAGGCCUGCCCAUUACGCGCGGCCGCGGGUUUGAGAGGCGCUCCGCGCAGACAGGCCCGGCCGGUGGGCGGCACGGCGCCUCAAGGCAGGACAUGCAGAUAGCAAUCAGCGACGUACUGAGCCGUCACGCGCUCGACGCGGCGAUGCGCGUCAGGUCGGUUUCGCACUUCAUCGGCAUCUUCAUAGAUCAGUGGUCCCCGCGGGGCAUCCGUAUUCUCGAAGGGAAGCACAUGCCCUAUAUUCCCGAGGAUCAUCCCCUGGCUUGGUGCGCGCGAGAGAGUAUCCGCUCCGAGAGGGACUGCUGGAAAGAGUCCAUGAAUAUAAUGCGAAUGCUGGCCCCAGGCGAGACGGUGGCCGUCGACCUGAGCUGCCCGCGGGAGCAGUGGAGACUCAGUGGCAUGCUGCCGCUGUCUCGCGCGAAGCCAGCAUUGCUUCCGCGAGGGGUUGCGAACAUCAAGAGGAAGCGUGUUGUGAAGCGUGUGGUUCCCAUGGGCCGCGUCGCGAGCGAUGGCUGGAUGGAGGGCGGCUCCAGGUGCAGUGGUGAGGCUGCCGCAGCAUCCCGCGAUAGCAGGACCCGCUAGCUGGAGGCCACAAAGUAGGAUCGACGGCGAGCGAGGGGGGGAAGUGAGAAGGGAAAGCCUCUCCCAGAAGGCGGCGGGACUUCUCAGAAGCUCUCGCUGCUUCUGAUACGUU